AUGGAGUCUAUACGAUUGCCACCGCUGCCACAUCAUGCAUCCAAGCAGAUCAUGCCCAGUUUUUCUCCCUCGGGUCGCGUAGAUCAGACACCACAACCUGUUAUUCAACAACAACACGAAGUAGUUAAACAUGUGGAUUACGACAAGAUAUUAAUUGCACUCUCUGGAUUCUACGGACCGCAUUUGUACGAUCGGUACUCGACAGUCAUAGACAGAUUGACUCGAGUCUGCAACGAAGGAAUCCCACUCGCAGAUGUUGGAAGAAUCACAUCUGUCUUGAAUGCAUUGCACACAACUUUGAUCAGAGAGGGCGCUGAGCUAGCGCCCGAUGUUAGAAGGCUGCUAGGUGCUUGCGGGAAUGCAUUACUACUACAAUCUGAAGUGGAUCUAUCUGCUCAAGAACCAGUUGUCAGCCAGUUCGUCAAUCAAGUUGGAGAUUUCAUACAGACUCAAUUAGAUGAAGUUGUCGAAAUCGCUGCAGAUAUCACCUUCAAAAUGACUGGAAAGCAGGGAGAAUAUGAUCGCGCAGAAGCAGCCUACCACUACAUUUGUUUGGAUUGGCAACAGAAAUCUCCUAAAAGGAAGAAACAGGAAACUUGGAGUGGAUUUGCCUUCUUGCCACAUAUCGAGAAUGCGGUGGUUGCUCCAAAGUUGCUGCAAGCGCUACGGUCCAUAUCCACCCUUUCGUGUGAAUGGAAGGUUUUACGAGCACUAAGAAAACUAUCGUCAGCCUCAGUAGUGUGCUGUCAACAAAUCAUCCAAGAUCGUCAAUUGGCAUUUCUAUGUGAAUGCGCCGCACGCUUACCAGACGAGUCUCUGGUCGCUAUUGCUGUGGACAUAAUGUUUAAUGUGCUCGAAGGAGACGACACAAACCAAGGUGCCCAGAUUCUUGGAUCUCUGGAGUGUAUAACCGAACUUUCGUCAGUCUAUCAGAAACUAGUACGAAAAGAAUACCAAAAGCCAGAUGAGCACCUCCGAAACGAGUUACUUUUACUCUUGACAAGAAUCGCCGAACUGUGUCCAGAGUCUAGACCAAAUUUUUCUCAGACUGGAUUUGUGGCAUUGAUGUGUAAUACGCUUCUAGCAGGAAAGCAACCGUCAUCGGAAGACUUUCAGUUGUGGAAGUUGUCGAUACGUAAUCUGAUGGUCCUCUGUCAGAACGAGUCAAAUCUGGCUAACGCGCUUGAGGCUGGAUUACUCAAGUUCGCAUUUGCCUAUUUACAAGAGGAUCAUGCCGUGAAAUUUGGAUGGUCGAGAACUCAACUCAAAGAAAUACAAGUGCUGAUCCUUGGAAUGUUGACAGAACUAGUAUCUCGAACGAUAAAUGAAUUCAAGCCGAAAGAAGGUGAUAUAAGAGCGCUCAACUUUUUAGCCUGGGCAAUCAAGUGUGAUUCGGGUGAGCGUCGAGAUGCUGCUGGUAUGCCUGAGGAGAUGAUGGGACUAGUGCCCGCUACUCUGAAACUGCUACUGGCUACAGCUGAGCUUGGUGUUACUCAUAAAAAGGAUUUGGGAUCUCAUGGAGUGUUUGAACAUGCUAUCUAUCUACUCAGGUCUUCAAGCAAUCAGAUUGAACUAGUGUAUAAUGCAAUGGUCUUGUGUUCAACUCUAUGUCAAGGAAGUAAAGCCAAUAAGAUCUUGUUUGGUAAAGCUGGAGGUGUUUCUGCCUUGAUACCGUAUUUCAAGUAUGAUUCGGCCAAUCCGAAAUUACGCAACAAGAUUGUUGUCGGCCUGGUAGAGUGUAUUUGGAUGUGCGUGUCUGGUUGCCAUUCUAGCGAAGAGGAAUUUCUACAGAGUGGAGGAAUGUUCAUGUUACUCGAUCGUAUGGAAAUGACUCCGCAACCUCUGAAGAAGCACAUUAUGGGUUGUGCUUUGGAUUUACUUGAGAAUCCGAAAGCUCGUUUCCAUGUGUUGGAAUGGCGCUCAGUAGUUGAUGAAUCUCAGGGUAUUGGUCACCUGUUAAUUGACAUGUGGCACAAGGAAGAGGAAAAUCUAGGCGUACCACAAGGCCCAUAUGGAGAACUUACCGAAUUGGAAGAUCCCCUCAAUAUUCAGGCAUAUCCACGUGAAGCUCUCAGUGAAGGAAUUGCUGUUCCUGAGAUAUCCAUGAAUAUGAGGGCAAAGGUCUAUUCCAUGUUUACAAAGCUUGGAUUUGAACCCUUUCAGGAAAUACUGUCUGCCGAGCAGAAAAUCAAAUUACUCCUAAUUGCCAAGUACCUCGACUUCAAACUUGGAGAGGUUUGGGAAGAGAUUUGUGGAGAACUUGACCAAGAAGGAGUUCGACCUGUAACGCCUGAUUUGGAUUGUGUAUUGACGAGCAAGCAAGUACAGCUUGAAAAGGCUUCUACUGUCAGGCAAAGACAGUUGGAUUUGGUGAAGAAGAAGAUGGAGGGAGAUUCUGCAAAGGAACGGACCUUCUUACAAGAGAAAAUCACGCAGAUAAAUACCCAACAGCAUUAA